UUUUCUUUUUUUCACUUUUUUAUAUUUGUGAGGAGGAGACUCCAUCAUCACUUCUGCUGUGCGCUUCGCUGCCGCACUUAAAACAACAACAACAACAACAAAAAGUUCAAGUGGAAAUUCUUUUGGAACGCGCUACUUCACUACAUCGGUGUUCCGACUGGAGUUUUGUUUUUCACGCUCUCCGCGGAAGAGGAUAUAUAACUUUUCAACUGGUGUUUUAGGAGAAGAGGAGCUGAGAUCGGAGGAUUUCUUGCUGCUGAGCCGGGAGGAGUGCGCAGCGCCUGGAGAUACAAGGUUAUGACGGAGCUGAGCUGAACAUGGAGCUUUUCUGGAUUGUCUUGUUUUCCAGUGUGCAUCCUCUUGUUUGGGGCCAAGGAGUUUACGCUCCAGCUAAUGCACAGAUUGUGCACUCCGGAGCAGCAUGUAACGUCAAGGAUGAUAACAUAAGCGAGAGAAUUUACACCAUUAAAGAAGGAGACACGUUGGUGCUGCAGUGUAUUGUUAAAGGACACCCACGACCACAGGUGCGGUGGACAAAGACGGCAGGCAGCGCUUCAGACAAGUUUCAGGAAACAUCCAUCUACAAUGAGACACUGCGCAUCGAGAACAUCCAGCGGGUGCAGGGGGGCCGCUACUACUGCAAGGCCGACAACGGGGUGGGGGUGGCUGCCAUCAAGUCCAUCCGCGUAGAUGUGCAGUACCUAGAUGUCCCAGUUUUGACUGUGCACCAGACGGUCGGCGAUAUACGUACAGGUUUCUACCAGGAGAAGACGGUAUUCCUCCGCUGCACCGUCAACUCCAACCCUCCUGCAAGAUUCAUCUGGAAACGUGGUGCUACGAUCAUCGAACAAAGCAAAGACAAUGGAGUGGACAUCUAUGAACCUCUUUAUACUCAGGGCGAGACCAAGGUGCUAAAACUGAAAAACCUAAGGACCAAGGAUUUUGCCGACUACACUUGCCAGGUGUCUGUCCGCAAUGUGUGCAACAUUGAAGAUAAGUCAGUCACCUUCAGGCUAACAAAUGCUACAGCUCCCCCAAUGAUCCGGCUGUCAGUCGACGACACGGUGGUGGUAGAUCCUGGGCAAGAUGUGGUCAUAACCUGUGAGGUGACUGCAGGUUUACCCUCACCCACAGUGACAUGGUCCCGCUAUCCCGGAGCCCUCCCACUCAGUGCCCAGGUUCGGGGUCCGACGCUGUUUUUACGUGCAGUCACCCCAGCGGAUGCAGGUUUCUACAACUGCACAGCAACUAACAAUGUGGGCAACCCCGCUCGCAAGAACGUCAAUCUUACUGUCAGGACAAUGAGCAACCUGACUUUCCAAAUCACACCGGACUCUAACAAGGACAGUGAGACCAUCCAAAUGGGUCGGGACCUGAAACUGUCAUGUCACGUUGAUGCCACUCCACAGGACAAAGUCAACUAUACCUGGUACAAAAAUGGUGCCCCCGUCUUCAACUCGGAAAGCCUGAUAUUACUUCGCAGUGACCCUGACAUGGCACCCGGCACAAGUAGCUUGGAGAUUGUAGACAUGAAGUUCAGAGACCUGGCUAUGUACAGCUGUGUGGCCAACUUCCCAGGCAGCAGAGUGCCAGAGCUGCGUGUGGAUGUCAACAUCUCCCAAAACAGUGUCACUCCUCCGAUGCUGUCAGUUCCAACAGGAGGCCAGAUUGUAAGUGUGCGUGAAGGAGGGUAUGCUGAGUUAGUUUGCCUGGUCGAUGGCAAACCCCGUCCUCCAAUUCUGUGGUCACGGACAGAGAAAGAUUUGCUAAUGCCUUCGGGGAAGCCCACAGUGGAGACACCCGAUGGCCGCUUGAGGCUAAGGAACGUCAGCCGUGACAUGAUGGGGGUGUAUCGAUGUCAGACAGCUUCAUACAACGGCCUUAACAUCAAGCGCAGAGAGGCACAGGUCCAACUGAAUGUGCAAUACCCUCCCAUGCUGGACCCAGUCUUUCAGGAUGUGCGAUCCAGGAACUCUCAGACAGUGACCCUGAGAUGCACUGUGCUACGGUCCAACCCUCCUCGCCUAACAGACAUUCGAUGGCUCCGCAACGGCGAGUUCAUCCGAAUGUCCAUGCCGGACCUGAAGCAGAUACCAGAGCUGAAGUUCAAGCUGGAACCCAUUAGCAAUGGGACGUAUGAGUGCAGAGUCAGUAACAGUGCAGGGACAUCAACAUGCCGAUUUAAUGUCUCUGCACAACCAUACAAUGCUGAGUUUUAUUUUGAUACACCAAACCCAGUGCGCAUUCUGAAGGGAAAUAAUUACUCCUACACCCUGCAGUGGACACAAAGGGAUCCACAGGCUACCGACCGUAUCAUUGGCUACUGGCUAAAUGUUCGAAAGAACAAGCAGAACCUUGUGUCAAAGCAAAUAGACCUGAAGGGUAAAGAGCCAGAGAAAGGCGUGCUGAUGUCCCACAUAAUAACAGACCUGAGAAUUCCCCUGUCCUAUGAGGUUCGACUGGCUCCCAUCACCACCUACAGCACGGGGGACUAUGUCAGCCGAAUCAUUUUGUACUCAGAACCCUACACCUAUCCACGAUCUUCAGACCAGGUGUGUGGGUUUGAGGAUGACAGGAUCUGUGGCUUCUCCCAAGACCGGAGUGAUAACUUUGAUUGGACAAGACAGAAUAAUCAGACGCACAAUCCCAAACGAUCCGCGAAUACUGGACCAGAGACUGACCGCAGUGGAACAAAAGAGGGGUAUUACAUGUACAUCGAAGCAUCACGGCCGCGUGCUCAAGGCGACAAGGCUCGUCUUCUCUCUCCACUUUUUAAUGUGUCUUCAGUCAGGGGUCCCAAGGGCUCUGGCCGAGUCCCAUACUGCGUCUCCUUCUAUUAUCACAUGAAGGGCAAACAUAUUGGCACGCUCAAUGUUCUUCUGAGGGUGAGAAGUAUUGCGCCUGUGGAUUCAGUGGUGUGGGCAAAAUCAGGUCAUCAGGGCCCAGACUGGAGUAAAGCCUUCUUUGACAUCAGCCCCAGCGGACCCUUCCAGAUUGUGUUUGAAGGAAUCCGAGGUGCAGGCUUUGAGGGAGAUAUCGCCAUUGAUGAUGUGUCCAUCACCAUAGGAAAGUGCAAGCAGGAGAACACGGUAGCCAACGCAGGUAAGACAGUUCUUAUUGGAGGAUCACGGUCACUCCCACUGGCCAGGUGGCUGACCUUUGGCCUCUCCUGCUUCCUCUCACUCCUGUACAGAUGAUGAGCACUUCCCAGAGCACCACCACUUGUCUGUAUUAACGGACACUGCCCUGACUCGCGCUUUUUAAAUUCCCUCUUUCUCCUCCUCUCUGCCUCCUCUCUUGUACAUGUGUCGUCACUUGUCGGUCCUCCUCACUCGCUGUCAUAUCCCUCUUGCCUUAUAUCGGUUCCAUACCUCUAUCACAAAGGUCACACCGUUUGUCAACUUUCUGUCUUCCUCUUUCUUUGACUGUUGCAGCAUUUAUGCUCAGAGUAUAAUCAACUGACUCACAAUCUGUAUUAAGGAUUGACAUACUUAUAGAAGAGUAAAUCUUUCACCUCAAACACUAUGAUAGGUGAAAAACCUUAUUCAUAUUAGUGUCACUUUCUUGCCUUUUUCUGUGCUUCAUUAACCUUGUUUGUCCAUGUGCAUACUGUUCGUAACCAUCCACCCUCCCUCCCCAGUCCCUCCAACCACCGUAUCUCACACUCCUGGCACCCUAUUUCCAGACACAGCAAAGUGUCGGACACGCUACCAAAGAUGACAAAGAACCUGAGGGAAUAAAACGAAAAACAGGGAUUCCAAAAAGAAAAGUGAGAAAAGAAGCAGAAGGUAAAAAAGGGAUUUUUAUUUUUAUUUUACAAAGACUGCCAUCUUUUUGCAUCGUUCUUUGGGGUAGUUGGAAACUACUGACAAAGAGAUGAAGAACCACAUGAAUGAAUCAAGCAAAAAUAAUUGUUUGUGGAAAAGGACGCAUAUAAAGAGGAUGAUGAAAGCUGGAUGCCCUCAGUAGCCUCUCUGCUUGCCACAAAAGACAAACCUCAGUGCGGAUUAUACGUGUACAUUUAUCUCUCUCUAUACAUAUAUAUAUAUAUCUAUAUAUUAAAUAUAACAAAAUUUAAACUAAAACACUACAAGGACAAUGGAGGACUGUAGUAAGUAAAAUUAAAGAAGCACAAUGUUUAUACUACUCUGUUGUACCUUUGAGUUUUAUUUCACUUCUUAUGUGAUGUUGCAGUCAAAUCUUUUCAAUGUUUUUGAUAUUUUGGAGGGUUUUUUUGUUUCGCCAUAUUAAGGAUCAAAGACAAUGAGUAAUAAAGUAUUAUUAUAUUCAUAUCUGUACGAUGUAGAGAGGAUGAUUUAUGAUCCUGAACCUGAUCUGAGCACCCAGAGGGAAUACACACAUGACUCAAGCCAUCUGGAUUGAAACCCUAACCUUUUCUUUUGCACUAACACUAAAAGAUACACACCUCUAAACAUACAUUGCACAAACACACACUCAUCUAUCCGUGUUGCCUUCACCAUAAACCCUGCAGAAAGACCGCUUCUUGAAUAAAGCAAAAAACAAAUAUAUAAGAGUGGUUGACAAGAUUUUAACAACUAUAUUGAUGCACUCGUUUUUGUAAAAAUGAACCAAUGUUUAAGUACUAAACAGAAACAAAAUUCCUUAUAUAAAGAAAAUUAAAGUGUUGAAAAAUAUUAAGAAAAACCUUUUCCCUGAUUUCUUUUUAAUAUUUGAUGCUAUGUAUGGAUAUUUCACACAGUAAGAGUUGAGUAGUUUAUGUUUUUAGAUUAAACAGACUUCAUAAUUACAUUUACAUGAUUAUUAAAUUUAAGCAAUAUGAGCUUCAUAUAUAAACCUCAAUGUGCAAAUGAACCAGUUAAUGGAGGCUUAAUUCAUCUUUUAUUCAAUGUUACUUAGAUUGAAUGCAGUUGUGGUUUGCUACACCAUGCUUCGUCUUCUCUAAAAUAACUGUCAACUUAUUUUGAUGUGUUUCUGUAUGCUGAUCAUCUUCAUUGCCAUGUAUAUUGCAUGUGAACCUGUCUGCUCAUUCCUGUACUCACUUCUACCUGUGUCAUGUUAACAUUGAGUUGUUCAUUUCAUUUUUUUUGCCUUCAUUAUUUUUUUAUUUGCGUUUUACAAAGCUACAUUGUUGUUUUUGUUGAAUGAUAAGUAGCACGUAACGCACAUUCGUCGUGUGUCUUUUAAAUAUUGACGUACCCAGAUGUUAGGAGGUGGAUUUAUGCUUGUUUGAACAUAUAAGAACACAUCUGUAAGAUCCCACAGUGUCAACAUUCACACAAAUUUAACUUUUCAUGGAUUUUUUCAGGAGAAGAAUGAUUUGUGCAUUAUCUUAUCUGACUACAUCCGUCUUAUACAAAUGAGCUUUUAAGAAAAUACCUCUUGUUUUCUCCUAACUUUUAAAGAGUUGUUUAUUUGUGGGAUUAAUUCCAGGUUAAGUUCAUAAGCAGUAUGCCACACUGAUGAGAACACAUUGCAUAUGUGAGUACUUUAUACUUAGUUGCAAGUAUGUUGAUGACAUAUAAGGCAUUCAUAUGCAUGACAUCUCAUGUUAACUGUGCAGCCAUUCCUCUUACUGCGUAAGUAGAAGUAGUGAGUGGUGAAAGUUUAUGGUCGCAGUUUCUGAAUGCGAGCAUGACGCUUUUUGAAAUUAGUAAUGGUAUUAGUGCCACAUAUGAUCCUUUAUUUUGGUUUAAUCAAUAGGAAACACACUUUUUAUAAAUUUUGUGAACUUAAAACUUGAGUUUAAAAGAGAGACAACUUCUAAAAUGGUCAUUUGGGAGAACAUUGUUGUAAGGGGACAUUUAAUCUGAUAGGGGAGAUAAUUAAAUUUUUUAUCCCAUCGCAAUCAAAAACUGUAAGACAUAUGAAGUCAUAAAUGUUAUUUUAUGGGUACGUACAUUUUCAUUUUCUCAAAUUAGAAAUUUUUCAGUAGUUGCUUAGAACUUAAGUAAUAGUUCAUAAGAAUGUAAUUAAGCCUGUAGCAAAACUGUAUUUUGGGCAACAGGAGGGUUCCAUAUAUGUUCCGUAAUAAAGUGACAUGCUAAAAAUUUCA